AGCACAGAGUAGGUACUUUUGAAAGAUAAGAGUUUGUUAUCAAUUUAUCAACAGCAAUUUCAUUAUCGGCUAUCACAAACAUUUAUUUAAGAAAAACAAUAAUUUGGAAGGUCAACUUACUGUUCUUUGAUUUUGUGUAUUUUAAAGUCCAUGGGUGUUUCGUUUCUUAAUUUAAAAAAUGAUACAGAUGAAGUUUUGUGCCAACCUUGCUUUUAUGUUCAUGGAGAGUUCAAGUAUUUUGGAAAGAUAUGCUUUGGCAAAAGAUGCUGGGUUUAAGGCAGUGGAGACUGGCUUUCCACUGGGGCACAGUAUAGAGCAAGUGAAACAGGCAAAGGAAGCAUCAGGCAUUGAACAAAUCCUUAUAAACCUAAAAACGGGUGAUGUAACUAAAGGAGAAUUAGGAGUAACAGCAGUGCCUGGCAAAGAAAAUGAGUUCAAAGAUAACUUAAAAGUUACCAUAGACUAUGCAAGGGCACUUGGCGCUAGAAAAAUACACAUCAUGGCAGGGAGAUUAGAAAAUGUGUCCCCACAAAACUGGGCUACAUACGAGAGCAACCUCAGAUAUGCGGCAGAUGUCUUAGGGACUGAAGGCAUAUUGGGAGUUAUUGAACCUAUAAAUCAGCAUUCUGUGCCUAAAUAUUUCCUAAGUGAUUAUGGAAAGGCUGUUGAUAUCAUCAAGAGGAUAGAUAGUGAUCAUUUAAAGUUGCAACUCGACAUCUUCCACUUGCAGCAUAUCAGUGGAGAUCUCUCCCACAACAUCAAGAACCUCAUGCCUUAUGUUGGCCAUGUUCAGAUUGCUCAAGUACCUAACCGCAACGAGCCUGACACUCCAGGGGAGAUAAACUACAAGUACAUUCUUGAACACUUAAUAAACAGUGGAUACAAUGACUGGAUUGGUCUUGAGUACAAGCCUGCAGGUAAUACUAAAAAUGGCCUCAAAUGGAUAAAAGACUAUGGAUACCAACUGUAAAGUCACUGUUCACUGUGAAUGUCAGGGUGUUGGGCCUAUGAACUCGGCCAGAAAUUACGAUAUUGGCGCCGAUUCUGUUCUUUGUCCAAACUAAAUUUAGAGUAUCUGUGUCCUACUCCUUUUAAUAUUGUUGAAAAGGGACGGGACAUGAAUUUUACAUUUAAACUCUAAAUUUUAG